AUGUCGGACAAUCGAAAAAAAUCCCGACGUCGUCGAUCUACUGAUGAUGCACCUGAAUUAACACCUAUUGAAAAGUCUAUUGCUAAAUAUCUUCGUUUUCAAUGCCCAACUAAAAAAGGAAUUUUAAUGGGUAUGCAAGUUGUUUAUUUUAAUGGAACAAAAGCAGUUGAAUGUCUAACUGAAUCGAAAUGGUCAUCAAUAACUGCCAAAGCAUUAGCUGGUGAAACAACUAAGGAUAGUAAACACCCUAUUUGCUUUUCAUCAAAACAUGAUGCUGUACAGAUGCUUCGUAAAUUUUUGGAUAAUGAAAUGUUUCGUCGAGUUAUUAAAGUUUAUAAAGAAGAAAAAUCUUCAUCUGAUCAAACAUCAUCGAAUGUUGCCGGUGAUACAUCACAAUCGAAUACGCCACGUGCUGUACGACAACGUAAACCAAAGUCAACUACAACAGUUGAAUCGUCAACAACAACAAAAGAUGAUGAUUCAAAAGAAAAAGAUAAAACAAAAAAGAAAAAAUUUAAAUUUGAAUUACAUGAUGAACAAACAUUUAUUGAUUCAACAAAUGAAUUUUAUGUUUGGAUUUAUUCACCAACAACAAUUAAACAAUAUAUAAUGGGUGGUUUACUUGUUAUUGGUUGUAUUGCUGUUUGUCUUUUUCCAUUAUGGCCAGCUGAAGUACGUACUGGAGUUUAUUAUUUAUCAAUGGUACUUGCUAGUUUACUUGGUUUAUUAUUAUCAUUGGCUGUAAUUAAAUAUAUUAUAUUUGCCGGUGUUUGGCUUCUUACAAUGGGCAAAAUUAAAUUUUGGUUAUUACCUAAUUUAACGGAAGAUGUUGGAUUUAUUGAAUCAUUUAUUCCAUUAUAUAUACUUGAUGUAACAACAAAGAAAACAUCAACCAAAACUGAUGAAGAAAAAAAACAAAAUAAUGAGCAAGAAACAACAAAUAAAAAAGAAGAUGUUAAUGAAGAAAAUAAAACUACAAAUGAAUCUAUUAUUGUUGGUCAUACGGAAAGUGAACAAGAUGAUGAUGAUAAAGAAAAAACAAGUCGAUCAAGUUCAUUAGAUGAAGCUGACGAUGGAAAUAAACCACAAAAAUUAUCUGAUGAAGAUUUUGAAGUACUUUCAAAAGAUGAAUUAGAAACGAAAUAA